AUGGGGCUCAACAUUGCCCCCCGUUGUUGCAGACGAAUUGGCGAGGCCAGUCAUCCUGGCCCACGCUUGCAACGAGACCACUGUCCUUGGACGGGAGUGCGUGUUGGUGAAGCCCAGCACCCAGGGCCCAUGGAUGCAGCGACCAGGAAUGAGAUCCAGGCGAUGAUUCAGCAAGGCCUUGCCACCGCGUUGGCUGCGAUGGACUGGACAGCCAUCAUUGCGCAGGUCCUCCCCUCAGCAUCGCCGCCGACAAGGACAGUCCGAUUGCGGCCUGCUGAAGAAGACCAGCCCAAAGGCAAAGGCCGUAAGCGAAAGAAGAAAACCGACGCCGAAGCGGAGGCCAUGGACAUCGACUAUGCGAAGGCCGCCGGGAAAGCCGGCCUCGGUGGCAAGCCCAGUGCUCGGGUAAGGAAUGAACUGCCGGUGGCCGGAAAUGAUGCUACCCCCACUCGCCCGGCAAACAGGGCAAGGGAAAAGGAGCCCACCGUGACGAGCCGGACUCAGGGUGGACCACUGUUGCACGGAAAGCCCCGCAAGGAGAAUUCCAAUUUAGAGCCCAAGCCAGCCCCAGCCCCAGGACGGUCAAAACGUCUCGCUCCAAAGCUUCGCUCAAAACGUUUCGCAGCCCCCCAAGAAAACCGAAAACAUGGUUCGCAAAACAAUCAAUACAUUCCGGUCAUAACGUAUCGUACAAUAUGUUUCGGUCUGCAACACGCACAUUCUUGA